GGCGAUUCACGAUUGGUGUCAUUAUACUCUAAUUGUCCUUUGCUUGAUGUGAUCUGUAAAAUUGGUAGUAAUUGUCAUCUUUAAGACAUUUCGAUUGUUUAAAUUAUUAUAUAAGAUUAUCAAAAUGAUGGCUGGUAUAUCGAACCAUUUUGUAUCAGGCAUACUUUUGACACCUUUUAUAGUUUUUGGAAUGAUGGCUCAAUAAACUGAUAAAUAUUGUUUAUUAUACCCCCUCCAUCCAUAGCCACGUGACUGUUUUACCAAAUUGUCAGCUGCAAAUUACUUAAAAUCUGUUUAGUACUUUUUCAAUCCCAGAUGAUAGACCCCCAUUGCUGUUCUUUAGUUUGGAACUGAAUUGUUUAUUCAUAGUUUCUGUCCCAUGUUUGAUGGAUAAGGUUUUAGGAAAUACAAAGAAAAGCUUUUUGGAUAAACGAAAGCCACACAUCUCGUGUUCAUAACUAAAGACAGCACAUAUAAUGGAGGAAUACAUAGGUUUUGUAAUAAUGUUAAUGUGAUCCAAACAAUUCAUGACACAGCAAAAAUUCUUCCAUCUCCCAGAUAUUUAUCUAAUGACGUAGAGUUAUUUGAACACGAUUAUACUUCAUAACAUCUUUAACAAGUGUAAUCUUGUUUAUGUGUGAAGCCAACCUAGUUUUCUCAGUCUUCGUUCUUUCGGCUUUAUUCACAGUGAGGAAGUUCAUUGUUUUAGCCUAAGGUUUAUUCCCAAAGACUGAACACUUGAAAUGCUCUAGAGGUCUUUCUCCUCCCUUUAUCUGUCUUUCUUGAUCACCUUCCCUUUUUUCCUUUCUCUUAUCCUUCAUACCUUACCUGCCUCCCCCCCUCUCUCAGUAGUCAAUAAUUAAUCUACUGGUUUAAUUCUAAUUAAAUUCCCAUCUGGAGAUAUUAAACCUUGCCCUGUCAUGCUGGCCUCAGCCUCUGGAUCUCUCAUGUUCCAGCCUUGGAUAAAUACCGCUUCAGUGUCAGCUGUGUAAUCUGUGAAGGGAAGGAGGAGGGCUUCCGUGUUAAUCCUCUCCCAAAACUCAGAGGAAAUAAAGCGACGUAGAAUGGCGCAGGAAAUAACGACAGAGGCGGAAGAAACAGGAGUUGACACAAGGCUGAAGUUUACAAUUGAACCAUUGCUGGGAACGAAUGGAUUCCAGCAGUGGUACGACGCACUUAAAUCUGUGGCCAGGCUCCCUACAGGGAUACCAAAGGAAUGGAGAAAGAGGGUGUGGCUAACGCUAGCAGAACAGUACCUGCACACUAUCUCUAUAGACUGGGACAAGACGCUUCGUUUCGCCUUCAACGAGCGCAGCAACCCUGACGAUGACUCGCUCGGCAUCCAAAUUGUCAAGGACCUGCACAGGACGGGCUGCAGUUCGUACUGCGGGCAGGAGGGGGAGCAGGACCGGGUGGUGCUGAAGAGGGUGCUGCUGGCCUACGCCCGCUGGAACAAAAGUGUGGGCUACUGCCAGGGAUUCAACGUACUGGCUGCGCUCAUACUGGAAGUUACAGAGGGCCACGAGAGCGAUGCGCUGAAGGUGAUGAUCUACCUGAUUGACAAAGUGCUGCCUGAGAGUUAUUUUGCCAACAACCUGCGAGCAUUGUCAGUGGACAUGGCGGUGUUCAGAGACCUGCUCCGCCUGAAGCUGCCCCGACUGUCACAGCAUCUCCACCAGCUGCAGAAAGCUGCCAACAAAGAGGCCGGAGGCAGCUACGAGCCUCCGCUGACCAAUGUGUUCACGAUGCAGUGGUUCCUCACGAUGUUCGCCACCUGCCUGCCGGCGCCCACCGUGCUGAAGAUCUGGGACUCGGUGUUCUUCGAAGGCUCCGAGGUCCUGUUUCGAGUCGCACUCGCCAUCUGGGAGAGACUGGGAGAGAGGAUCGAGUACUGCCACUCAGCAGAUGAGUUUUACAGCACCAUGGGAUGUCUCACUCAGGAGAUGCUGGACCGCAACCUCAUCGAUCCUCCUGAAUUCAUGCAGGAGGUUUACGCCAUGGCUGUGUUUCCAUUCCCUCAACUGGCUGAGCUGAGAGAGAAAUACACGUACAACAUCACUCCGUUCCCCACUUCAGUCAAAUCCAGUGGAAGUGGAGGUUUGGGCGGCUGGGAGAGUGAUGAUGAUGCCGAAAUGGACGAUGAAGACUCUGUGGUGACGGCGCUCGGCUGCCUCGGGCCCCUGGGUGGCCUGCUGGCCCCCGAGCUGCACAGAUACCAGAGGCACCUCAAAGACCAUCGAGGGGAGCAGGGGAACAUCGCAGAGCUGAGCCCCGGAGCGGUGGGCGCUGCAGGGGGAGCAGCAGCAGGAGGAGGAGCCAGGGCGGAGCAUCAAGCAGCAAUCAACAGCAUGAUGAUGGAGAGGAUGAGCACCGACAUCUGCGCCCUGAAGAAGCAAUACACACGCAUCAAAAGGAGGCAGCAGCAACAGGCUAUGCAACUCUACAUACGCACAGGACUUGGAACUGAAGUGGCGAGUCCAGCUGUUUUCCAGGAGCAGCCCGACAAACACAGCGACAGUACCGACCCACACACUGACGAAAAGUGCCCAGCCACCCGUGUACUGCCCUCCCAACUCAACCCUUCGAGCACCGUCAUCAAUCACCUCCUUCUGGGUCGGAAACUGCACAGAGACCCCCGGGGCUCUAGACCCACCUCACCUAGCACCUCCACCCUGCCGGUGUCUGGACCCUCUUCCCUGUCCCAGAGUCAGGGCUCCCCGACCAGGCAGCGCUGUGCCUCGAUGCUCUCCAACAGUACAGGAUCUCCAGGGAGCUGUGGAAGAGGCUCGGGGUCUCCCUGGCGCGCUCAUGUCCGGGUCCAUCGAAGGAAUAUAGCCAUGGCUCGAGAACAGCUGGGCUUCGGAGAUUCAGAGGAAAGGGAAAAUGAAGAGAUUGAAGAGGAGAGGAAGAUUGAGGAAAAUGAGGGAGUUGAUGAUGAGCUGAAAGAGGGGAGCGACUCCUUGGUGUCUCCUGAUCCCUCUGGUUCAGUGUGCGAGGAGGCUCCACAGGUGGCAGAUGAGACAGAAGUUGCAGAGGUGGUGGUGCAGCUGGACUGCCUGGAUCUAGAGGACGAACCAAAUCUGACCUCCCCCGACGACGCAGAUUCACAACCCACAUCACCAGAAUCUGAGCCUGCACCACAAGUUCCUCUUCUCCCUCCUCCACCAUCCUUAAAAAUACACCAGGAGUCCGACUCGUCAGGUUCAGAAAGAAGCUCUGACAGACACUUUACUUUACCUCCACCUCACCACUCCUUCAACUCCUCACCCUCCACCCUGAGUCCGUCCCCCUCUCCGGUCCCCACAUUGGCCUCUCUUGCCCCGUCUAGCUCAUCCUCUCCUACGCCACCUUCCACCCCAGUGCCAAGCUCCACAUCCUGCCUCCGAUCUUCCCUUUCAGCUAACGACUUCUCCUCCACCUUUUACAAAACUUCCUCCCCCUCCACUCCCUCACUUUCCUCUAUAUCUUCAUCAUCAAGAUCUCAUUUAUCCUCCUCCCCGUCAACCCCAGCGUUAUCCUCCACCCCUAAACAGCAGGUCUAUUCCCCAUUCCCAAGCGUGAAGCAGCCAAGAAAAUCAGCAGCUGCCAGAAACCUCGGCCUCUACGGACCUACAUCCAGAACACCAACAGUACACUUCCCCCAGCUCAGCCUCAAUCGCAGCAGUGCUGCUGGCACCACAGGGGCCCGAUGAAGACCUCCACACUCCUGAACUGAUGCCACAAACACAGUCAUUAAGUAAUAUGAACAAUAAUUAUUUAACUACACCGUGUUGCCUCCUGCAUAUGAGUUCACCCAUAUCUUAGCUGAAGAUAGAACGUUAUAGACAUGUAGAGUUCAAAUGUGCCCAGAAUUGCUUGAUUAUUGCUGUUGAAAUGUGAAGAUUGUAUUUCCCCUGAUAAAGGGGUUAUCCUGAAACAACAAGCCAUUGCAGAUAAAUGUUAAAGAAGUAAUUGACUUUGUCUCUUCAAAAGUGGUUUGUACUCCUAUAGAAAAGGAUUCUCCCUGGACUGGAACACAAAGAACGUGAGAAAUGCUACCUUCUACACUCGUAUUGACAUGUGGCAUCGAGAUGAAGAACACUCUUUUCUUAUCUGAAAACACAAUAGCCAUACAGUUGUUCUAUGCCAAGUAUUUCAAGAGAUACCUAAAAAUGGCUGUUAACGAAGAAUCUAGGUUCUUUAUUUGUCAAACGAAUAAUGAAUAUGUAAUGUUUGUGUGCCCAAAAAAACACUUCCAGUCUUAAAAUGUUUGAUUUUCUUAAGCACUAAACAUUGGUUCUUUCUUCACUCAGUCUGUAACUUGGUUGUUUACCAUAAAGCAUGUAAUAUAUCUCUGUCAAUAAUGAAAUAAAAUGAAUUAAUGAAUGUUACUCA